CAGUGUAAUACAAAAUCUGAUCACUGAGGGGCUGAAGAAUUUUUUGAUAGCCUUCCUUGCGUACAUCAGUGUGUGAAAUACGCUAAUUAGUUCUCGCAUAUUUCCUGAAAUCGGUCGAGAAAGUGUGACUAUCCAGAUAAACCUGCCAGUGUGCUUUGGGAGAAAGUGCAUAAACCUUUCCAGUGAAAACUAUCCCAGCCGUUUUUUAGUGGCGGUAUUUCGUAUUUUCCAAAUAUUUUUAGAAUUCGAAUUGAAUCUGAAAGAAAAAUAAGCCGUGCGCCUACACAAUCGUCCCAUCUCGGUCGUACUCGCAACGCUUGAGUAACUCAGACUUCCCGACCGCGUUUUGCAGUUCAAGAUUCGUAUUACUGAUGAGCUUCCUGAAAUCUAGAAGUAAUCAGAAACCAGAUAUAGUGCCACAGGAAUUUUGAAAUUUUUUUCUCAAACGAAAGCACACUGUUUGCAACAUUCUUUCAGCCUUUAUGUGAUACAUUUGUCGAAUGGUUUUGUGUUUGUUUCCCUCACAAAUCACUUGCAUAUUGUGACUAACCGUUUUCGCUAUUCAAACGUGCACAAUAAAUUCAAUAAUUCCUCGCUAAAUUGAAUUCAAUUCAAGAAAAUCGUGACAGAAUUUAUACAUAUUUUAUUUUUGGCAUUGAUUCGACAACGAAACGACGAAAUUUUCAGAAAGAGAGUGGAAUCUACGGAAUAUUCUGUUCGAGACGCGCAAACCAAGGAAUAUCUAUCUUCGACGAGAAAUUUUGACGCUUCAGCGAUUCGAAUAGCCGCAGCUGCUCCACUCGAUUAUAAAUAAAUUUGGAAAAAUUGCACUCAACAUAUACGUUCCGAAGCGGCAACGUAGAGGCGGUAGAGAGUCACCCUUGACUAGACCCAGGAAUUUCAAUGAAAUCCACCAAAAAUUCGCAUCUCUCAUCUUCAGUUCGAAAUUAAAUUAAAUGACACGUCCUGGAAAUACCCCUGCUCAUCGCUGUGAAAUAAUAAAUUUCCUUAUCUAAAAAUAAGUGAGAAUCAGCAGUGCUUCAAGUGUUCCCCGAUCGUCUGAAAGUGUUCCAAAACGUAUCGUCUGUGUCCCAAAUAGUAUUUUUGGAUGUUCUUGACAAAACUUCCGAGUGAAAAUACACGAUCCACGAUCGUUCCGGCCGGAUCAGUAAAAAAUGAUCCGCAGUUCCCACAAAAUUUAUUUCUCAUAAUAUAAGAAAUUAGGUCGUGGAAAACACAACGAAAAAAACAAAUAAAAGCGACGAAUAAAUUUCCGAAGAAACCAUGCCAGUAACAGGGUCCAAUAACGCUGAAAAAGGUCCGGGCGGUGGUGGCCGCACCACAUUCCGUCCACCAUGGGUUAAGGAAACAGGUGCCCAGUCCACGCCGGCUGCUACCAACAAGGCACCAUGGGCGAAAAAGCCCGACACAUCCGCGGCUUCCAAAGAAAAUGGUCAGCCAACCGUUAAAGAAGCCAAACUGCAAUCACGUGAAAUCAAAGUUCCUGUAAUGACCACAAAAUUGAAGCCGGUACCACCCCCACUUAAACCCAAGGAGGAAAGACGUGAUAGUAACGUAAGUGAGAAAAGUGAUAGCGACACAGUUGCAGAUGCACCAGUCAAACGGGAAGGAAAGCUGGAAAAACCAAAACUACGACAUGUCGAGGCGGCUCCAAAAGAGAAAACAAAAACCCCAAAUAGACUCCCAGAGCAACCAAAACUUAGGCCUGUACUUGAGAAAACACCAAAAGUAGAGGAAAAAGCCCCGCCACCAUUCGAAAGAAAGCUAUCAGCAGUUGCUGACAGGAAGGUACCGCCACCACCGCCACCCCCGAAUGGAGCACCACCACCGCCACCUCCAAUGGCGGGUCUCAAGGCCCCGCAAGACUUCCAGAAGAAACCUCUAAGCGACAAACAGAAGGAAGUCCUGGAUAAACUAAAGCAACGGCCCCGAAGGCGACCCGACUGGUCUGAGAUGAUGAAAGAAGUGGAAGAUGGUAAAAAAUUACGACAUGUUGAAUGUAACGACAGAUCAAAACCCAUUCUUACCACAAAGUCCAUGACAAAAGUCAGCGGACAAUUUGUCUACGAAACAGAAAAAGCAAAUGUGCAUAAUGCACUCCUUAAGCAAAUCCAAGGUGGUAUCUGCCUGAAACCUACAAAAACCAAUGAUAGAAGUAAACCAUUCUUGGAGGGUCUACGGAAAUUCCGUAGACAAAUGACCAUAGAAGAACAAAUUCAAAAAUCAGAGUCAAAAGCAGUCCUGAAUGAAGGAAAAGUAGAGGAUGUUGAAGAGAGUGAAGAUGAAAUGGAUGAUAUUGAUAAACUUCGCGAUGACUUACAAAGUACAAAACAAAUGCUUGCAUUAGAACUAAGAAACAAAGAGGCCCAGGAGCGUGAAAAUAAACUACUUCUCGCGAAAAUUGCUAAUUUGGAGGCGGAAUUGGAACGUGAAAAAUCUAAAACAAAAUCUGACACAGAUUCAACAGCAAAAACAGAUAGCGUGAAAUCUUCUGCAGUUGCUGAUGAUGCUCUAGUUAAUUCAUUGAAAAAGGAUGCCGAGGAAGCCAGAAAAACGUGCAAGGAACUGGAGAAGAAAUAUCAACAAUCAGCCGAACAAUUGGACGGUGCAAGGGCGGAAAUUGAAGAACACAAGAGGAUAAUUGCGAAUCUGGAGAAGAAAUUGGCACAUGGUGCUACUGACUCAAGGCGAGAUAGCGUAGCAGUUACAGGAAAGGAGAGCUCACCUGAACCCGAAAUUGAAUCCUCCGAAAGUGAAAGUGACGAAGAUGAAGAAAAGAAAGCUGAACGCGCUGCGAGACGUCUUGGACGAGAAGUUAAAAUGCUUCAAACAAAAUUACAGAAAAUUAAGGACAAACAAGCGGCCGCACAAAAGGAAAGAACAGCACUCAAGGAGGCUAUGAAGAAGAAUCAAGCACUCCUCAAAGAAGAGACCAAGCGAUACAAAAAACUCCAAAAAGAAGUCGACAAAAUGGCUGCAAUGCUCAAGGAUGUCGACGAAGAGGAUGAAGAUGCCGAAGAAAAGGAUGAAGACGAAGAGGAAGAAGUCGAAGAAGAGGAAGAGGAGGAAGAAGAGACUGAGGAAGAAACCGAAACUGAAGAGUCUGAAGAAGAAAGUGGAUCGGAGACGGAGAGCGAAUCCGAAGAUGAGGACGCCUCAAAUGAAGAUAAGAAAUCCAAUUUGGAACCACGAGUUAAGAAACACGAAGGACGACUCAACGCCCUCAAAAAGGGUAACUAUCUUCUUCAAACCAACGUCGAUCGUCUGUUGGACGAGGUUAAUAAGAUGCGCGAACAAUCAGCACAACUACAGAGGGAUUUGGAUUCAGUUCUCUCGGAACUAGGCUAGGAGCUUUUUUAUAAAUUUCUUAGAUACAUAUUUUAAUUAAUUCGAAAUAUUGAUGGUAAUCGUAAGCUGUUUGAUCAGCUUUACAUAUGAAUGCUUUUAUUAUAACACACACAAGAAUACACACAUACAGAAACACGAAUGAGAAGGAAUAUGACGGAUUGGAUAUCGACUCAAUAAUAAAAACGAUUUGAAUUUUUCAUUCAAUUAUGAUUUCAAUAUUUUCGAGCCUUAAUCCAUGCUGUCUGUACUGGUAUUGUUGUAUGUCAAGAACUACGUAAUGCUUUUUCAAUUAUACUCACACAUGUCACACAUAAUUAAAGGUAAAUAAAACUUUUUUCUCUGAA